GGUCGGCAUCAACUCACCAUGAACCGGCUGCUGAUCAUCUCUUGCCUCGCCCUGGGCGUGGCCGUGGCCAAGCCGGGCCAGCUGCGGGCGGCGGCGCCUUACGACGCUGAGGACGAGGCGGUGCCGUACGGCGAUAAGGUCCAGGCGGUGCCGUACCAGGAGGUGGUGCCGCUGACGCUGCAGCCGAGCCGCGCUGUGCAGGUCCUCAACGCCGGGAACUACCGCUUCACCUCGCCCAACUUCCCUAACCAGUACCCGAACAACCUGCGGCUGACUGUCACCGUGCAGGGUGCCGAGGACCAGGCCGUCAGCAUCAGCUGUUCUCCCUUCAGUCUGGAGUGGUCCUUCCUCUGCUGGCGUGACGUCCUCUCCAUCAACAACGUCCGCUACUGCGGCUCCGGAGACGUGCCCACCAUCACCGCGGCGCAGCUCGCCAUCGAGCUCAGAACCGACUCUUCCGGCACGUCUACCGGCUUCCAUUGCACCAUCACCGUGCCCAGGGUGGACGGCACCACUCAGGCGCCGGUCACCACCCAGGCCCCGGCCACCACGCAGGCCCCGGUCACCACGCAGGCGCCCUCGACCGGCGGCUGCCGCUGCGGACAACGCCAGAGCGGCCGCGUGGUCGGCGGCACCGAGGCUGCCAUCGGCGCCUUCCCGUGGCAGGCCGGCCUCGUCAGCCCCGGCGGCACCCGCACCUUCUGCGGCGGCAGCGUCAUCAACAACCGCUACGUGCUGACGGCGGCCCACUGCACGGCCGACCUCCAGACCGCCAGCGACAUCCAGGUCCUGCUCGGCGACCACAACAUCGGCACCACUGACGCCGGCGAGCAGCGCUACUCGGUCGUCCAGAUCAUCGACCACCUGCAGUACACGAACGCCUCGGGCAGCGGCUGGGACUUCUCGCUGCUGAAGCUGGACCGCGAGAUCACCUACAGCAGCACCAUCUCGCCCGUCUGCCUGGCCGAGGCCGGCGAGACGUACGCCGGCGCCACGGCCACCGCGAGCGGCUUCGGCCGUCUGGGCGCCACCAGCCCGCAGGCCACCAGCCUGCAGCAGAUCGACCUGCCCGUCUGGUCCGAGUCCGACUGCAUGCAGCGCUGGGGCUCCACCAUCAAGAGCAACAUGAUCUGCGCCGGCGGCAAGUCGACCGGCGGCGAGGGCGUCUGUAUGGGCGACAGCGGCGGCCCGCUGGUCACCGAGGUCUCGGGCAGCUACCGUCUGAUCGGCGUCGUCUCGUUCGGCCAGCCGUGCGCCGUGGCCGACUGGCCCGACGUGUUCGCUCGCGUGUCGGAGGCGCUCACCUGGAUCCAGUCCAACACGGCCGACGCACAGUACUGCAGCGCCUAGAUGUCAAGUCGACCAGACCCUUCACGCUGACUACAGACGCUUGACGCCGACUACACACGGUACUCGGCGAUUGUCCGAGUAUCGACAUCAUGCCUGAUUAGACCAGCGAAUAUUUGCCGACUGUCAUGGAGUCAUUCAGACUCCUAUGUGUGAACCUCUAUCAACUUUCUAGCUUCAAUUCUGUUCCUUUCAACUAUUGUGGUUGGGGGAGGAGAAUACGACACUGCGAUGAUGCCUGAUGAUGUCCGCAGUGAAGUAAUGAGCUGGAGCUUUGCAUUGAGCAUAGCUACUGGCAUAGCUCUUCUACACUUGCUCUCCAACGCUUAUUUGCUCUCUAAUAAACUUUCAAGCUUUGAAA